AGAAGGUAAACAAAUGCUAAUUUUUUGUAACUAAAAUUUAUGUGCAGUAUUUGUUUUGAUCCUAGCAACAUAAAGUAAAGAAAAGUGUUGAUUAUUAGUGGUUUAUAUAUAUAUUGUGUAAAAUCAUUGUGUAGUUUGCAUCCAAGACAAAGCAGUCAUAAUGAGUUCGCCAAAGGAGCUGCAAGAGACCAGGUGCUGUAACCAGGAAGGCUGUGAAAACACCUGCAAACCUGCGGAGACUGCAAGCAAGAUCCCCUACAGCAGCAUCCCCCUCCCUCUUUCUGAGCCGCUGCUGCAACAGCUUGCUGCGGAUGCCAAAGAUUAUGCUUUAUUACACGGGGCUGGCAUGCGCUACAAAGACAGCUUCUCAACGGACACCCUCUCCAUGGCACCGUUCUUCCUGCUGCCGACUCCUUUCCCCCGGCGCGAGUUUGAGAAAGUCUACAAGCUGCAGCCACUCAUCAAUACACUCAUGCACAGAGUGGCUCACUCACAUGACUUUCUGCAGAGAUCUCUUGUCAACACCAUCAAAGUGGAUGACUUCACCCGUCGGCUGUGGGAGCUGUACAUGACAGUGAGGGAGGAGGGUGUUGCCCAGCCUGUGAGCCUGGCGCUGCUGCGCUCAGAUGUCAUGCUGAACGAGUGCAGGCCGGGCUGCUGUGCCCUCUGCCUCGUGCCGCCCUAUGUCAUGAACCAGCAGGUCGAGAUCAACACCAUAGCUGCCGGCUUUGGCCACUUGGGCCCCGUGUCUGCCAGGAUACACAAGCUGAUAAAGUUGUCAACUAUUUAUGAUUGUACGGCCCCUGGUCAGCCAGUGUCUCUGGCGCUGAUACGAUGUGAUGUGCUACUGGAUGCUCCUCCCUGUAAUGAGAAUACCUCUGGAAGCAAAUUAAGUGAAGGGUCUGGGCCCCAAGAGGGUGAAGGCACCCACAGCCCUGAGGAUGACCUGCGGAAGUUGUGCUGCGCUGCACCCAAGCAGGUGGAGGUGAACACGAUCGCCUCCAGCUUUGGGGCUCUUGCUGUACAUCUUGGCCAUCUCCACAAGUAUGUGCUGACGCUCCUUGGGCGACAUGACCUCAUACCUAAUUUACCAGAGAACCAGGCACUGGAGCAGCUGUGUGGUGGCAUGGUAGCUGCCUGGGAGCACUACAACAACCCUAAGGCGGCCGUCAUGUUCGUCGUGGAGCAGGUUACCUACAACAUCUGCGACCAGCGCUACCACGAGUACGAGCUCCUGCGUCAGCGCCCCCGCCUGCAGGUCAUCAGGAGGACCCUACAGCAGGUGGCUGACCAGGGGCGCCUUGACGACCAACGGCGCCUCUUCGUGGGCGGCGUGGAGGUGGGGGUGGUGUACUACAGGUGGGGGUACGACCCCAGCGCGUACCCCGGGGAGGGGGAGUGGGGGGCGCGCCUCCUCAUCGAGCGCAGCCUCGCCAUCAAGUGCCCCUCCAUCCAGUACCACCUGGCGGGCACCAAGAAGGUGCGUGUACCACCUGGUCCAUACGGGGUCCUGGUGGUGUCCUUACAGGGUCCUGGUGGAGUCCUUACGGGGCCCUGGUGGGGUCCUUACAGGAUCUUGGUGGGGUCCUUACGAGGUCCUGGUGGGGUCCUUAUGGGGUCCUGGUGGGGUCCUUACAAGGUCCUGGUGGGGUCCUUAUGGAGUCCUUACGAGGUCCUGGUGGGACGCUGCAGGAGCUGGGGAGAGGAGGGGGACGCGUCGGUGGCCCGGGCCCUGAGUGACCCCCACGGCUACGUCCUCAAGCCCCAGCGGGAGGGCGGCGGCAACAACGUCUACGGUCCUUACGGGGUCCUGGUGGGGUCCUUACGGGGUCCUGGUGGGGUCCUUAUGGGGUCCUGGUGGGGUCCAUACGGGCUCCUGGUGGGGUCCUUACGGGGCCCUGGUGGGGUCCUUACGAGGUCCUGGUGGGGUCCAUAUGGGGUCCUGGUGGGGUCCUUACGGGGUCCUGGUGGGGUUCUUACGGGGUCCUGGCGAGGUCCUGGUGGGGUCCUUAGGGGUCCUGGCGGGUUACUUAUGGAGGCCUGGCACGGUCCUUACGGGGUCCUGGUGGGGUCCUGGUGGUGUCCUUACGAGGUCCUGGUGGGGCCCUGA